CCCAAACCUCCAUCUUUGUUUAUUGGAUGGCGGAAGGAGAGAGGCCUUCGAAUGAAGUCGAAAGUAAUGAUAACUUAGUGAAUUCAUGGCUAGCAAACGGAGCUCUAUCGUGUCCCAAAGUCCUACUGAGAAUUGGACAGAUGACCUCCCAGUCUGCAAAUUGUCUGGGGUUGGUUUCCUUACAAAUCAAAGGUACAGAGAGGAUGGUGGAAGAAGGGAGGAACAUGAAUUAGAGGACAGGAGUUUCCAUUUCAAUGUAGAUGACACAUAUCUCUAUGGAGUCUUUGAUGGUCAUGAUGGAACAAGGGCUUCAGAUUUUACUGUUCAGAGACUCCCUGCUGAGCUAUUACUUGGUCAGCUAACUGCUGAUAUGAAUGAUGAGCAGAUCAAGGGAGCCAUCAGGCAGGCCUUUAUUGUAGUUGAAAAAGGAUUCUUCCAAUCAUUAGAUGAUGCUUUAGCUGAGAAGACAGAAAUUCAAUUAUCAAUGCCUGAGGGUCUGAGCUCAUAUGAAGCUUACCAACAGUUCCCAGAUGAGGUUGCCAGAAUGCAGGCCUUGCAAGAUGAGAUCAGUGGUGGUACUACUGCUGUAGUAGCUCUGAUUUUCCAAAAUAAACUCUUUGUGGCUAAUGUUGGUGACUCUAGAGCACUCUUAUGUAGAGAGACUCCUGAAGGAAGUAUUUCUGUGACGCAGCUGAGUGUUGACCACGUCACAAGUAACAACGACGAGCUUACUCGGCUGGCAAAUCUGGGUCUGGACAUUCAGCAGAUAUUAAGGAAUCGUCGGAUUGGAAAUCAGGAGAACACAAGAAGUAUCGGAGACUAUUGUGUUAAAGGUGGCUACAAGGACUUUGAUAUUCUAAGUGCCGCUACUGAAGAGCCUGUUAUCGCAGAGCCUCACAUUUGCGGUGGCUUUCCAAUUGACGAAACCUUCCACUGUCUGGUGCUGAUGUCGGAUGGUGUUUACAAGUCCAUCGAUGAAGCGUCAGAUGUAGAAACCAAUUCCAAUUUUGAUGUUGUUCGGCUGGUCGCUGAAGAACUUCAUUGUCAGAACAACAUGACUGGUGUGGCACAAGCUGUUGUGGAUAGAGUGGGCAGGGCACAUCAUGACACAUACAUGACCCAAAUGUCCAAGUGUCAGAAAAGAGAUGAUAUGACAUUACUGAUUCGAAUUUUCAAAGAGGAGAUCGCCAAUAGUUUGAAGAGUCCAAGGGCUCCCGGAAGACAGUCGGUGUCAGCGAUGCCUCCCAUGAGUCCCGGAGUGCUUCCUGUGUCUGUACCAUAUAACCCUUCCAACCCCAUGACGGGGAGUGCUCCUUCACUGUACAUACCGUCCGGAGUACAGACCAGACCUGCACCAAGCGGAAACAGCCCGAGUCCUACCACGUCCACACCCACCAACUUAGUACCACAGGUGACCAUCUCGCGGUCGGACACUCAGAGUUCCGCUUCAUCGGCCAGCGGAUCGCCUUCUGGUUCAUUUCCUCCCGAGCAUGCAACUGCUUUGGGUGCGAGUAGUCAAGGUAUUGACGGCGAAGGGGAAAGCAACGAACAGGAGCAAGGAACAGAAACCAGCGAGGAAACUAGGGUGCAUUCGUAUGUGGAUUUCACUGACUUUAAUCGCCAGGUGGAUGAACUUGGAGCGGAUAAUGUUUAUGGGUGGGACAAUCCCAAACCAGCGGCACCAACAACGCCGGUGUAGAUCUUUUUAUUUUUUUAAC